AUGGUCCGCAUCUCAAACGCCCUGGGUUUGGUCAUAUUGAUGGUCGCUCUUCUCAUUUUAUCCUUAAUAAGUUAUGUGUCCAUUAGAAAGGACAGCAUCUUAUCUUCCACAAAAUAUGACAACAUGGGAGGACCACCACGGAUAAUGUUCCACGCAGGAUUUCGGUCACAGUUUGCCCUGAAUUUCCUGGACCCAUCCUUCAUCCCAUUAACCCAUGCUCUGAAUGAGGAGCUGCAUGGGAAACCAUACAAAUGGAAAUUUAAUAGGACCGCUUUUUAUCAGCAAAGGAAAGAGAUCUUCCAUUACAUUGAUGUGGCCAACAACUUCUCCCUCACCAAGAACGGUGUACGCGUCGGCCAGCUGAUGCACUUCGACUUCUCCAGUCACAAGUAUGUCUUCUCCAUAAACAACAACCUGAAGUCACUGCUUCCUGAUGCUUCGCCCAUCCAGAACAAGCACUACAACGUGUGUGCCGUGGUGGGUAACAGUGGGAUCCUGACAGGCAGUCACUGUGGGCCAGAGAUCGACAGCGCCGACUUUAUCUUCCGCUGCAACUUCGCCCCUACCGACUCUUACUACAAGGAUGUGGGCCGGAAGACCAACCUCACCACUUUUAACCCCAGCAUCCUGGAGAGUUACUACAACAAUCUGCUGACCAUCCAGGACCGCAACAACUUCUUUCUCAACCUGAAGAAGCUGGAGGGGGCCAUUUUGUGGAUCCCUGCGUUUUUCCUCCACACCUCGGCCACCGUCACACGGACCCUGGUGGACUUCUUUGUUGAGCACAAGGGGCAGCUGAAGAUCAAGCUGGCCUGGCCGGGAAACAUCAUGCAGGAUGUCAACAAAUAUUGGAAGACCAAGAACCUGUCUCUCAAGCGACUGAGCACUGGUAUCCUCAUGUACACUCUGGCCUCGGCCAUGUGUGAGGAGAUCCAUCUGUAUGGCUUCUGGCCCUUCGGCUGGGAUCCCAACACAGGCAAGGAGCUGCCCUACCACUACUACGACAAGAAAGGAACCAAGUUCACCACCAAGUGGCAGGAGACCCACCAGCUGCCCAGUGAGUUUAAGUUGCUCUACAAGAUGCAUGGAGAAGGUGUGACCAAGCUGAGCCUUUCACACUGUUCUUAG